AUGACAACCUCCCGCCGGCUGCGGCAGGCUCCCCUGAGCUGCGCUGCCGCGUGGAUUCCCAGCCCGGGACCCUGGCGGCGCUCAGGACACGACCCGGGCACGAGCGGCGUCCCCGGGGCGGCCAGGGCUCCGGCUGAGAACAUGGCCAAUGGCAUUGACGAGCUGAUUGGCAUUCCCUUCCCCAACCACAGCAGCGAGGUCCUGUGCAGCCUGAACGAGCAGCGGCAUGACGGACUGCUGUGCGACGUGCUCCUGGUGGUGCAGGAGCAGGAAUAUCGCACCCACCGCUCGGUCCUGGCCGCCUGCAGCAAGUACUUCAAGAAGCUCUUCACGGCCGGCACCUUAGCCAGCCAGCCCUACGUCUACGAGAUUGACUUCGUCCAGCCCGAGGCGCUGGCCGCCAUCCUGGAGUUCGCUUACACCUCCACGCUCACCAUCACCGCCUCCAACGUCAAGCACAUCCUUAACGCCGCCAGGAUGCUGGAGAUCCAGUGCAUCGUGAACGUGUGCCUGGAGAUCAUGGAGCCCGGGGGGGACAAGGAGGAUGACGACGACGACGAGGAGGACGAUGAUGAGGACGAAGAGGAGGAGGAGGAGGAGGAAGAGGAGGACGACGACGAUGACACGGAGGAUUUUGCUGAUCAAGAAAACUUGCCUGACCCCCAGGACAUCAGUUGCCACCAAAGCCCUUCCAAGUCGGACCACCUCUCAGAGAAGGCUUAUUCGGACACACCCAGAGACUUCCCCGACUCCUUCCAGGCCGGCAGCCCAGGCCACCUGGGCGUGAUCCGGGACUUCUCCAUCGAAUCUCUGCUGAGGGAGAACCUGUACCCCAAAGCCAGCCUCCCCGACAGGAGACCCUCCUUAUCUCCAUUCGCCCCGGACUUCUUUCCGCACCUCUGGCCAGGGGACUUCAGUGCCUUUGCCCAGCUGCCUGAGCAGCCCAUGGACAGUGGGCCCCUGGACCUGGUCAUCAAGAACCGCAAGAUCAAGGAAGAGGAGAAGGAGGAGCUACCCCCACCCCCACCGCCGCCUUUCCCCAACGAUUUCUUCAAGGACAUGUUCCCGGACCUUCCCGGGGGUCCCCUGGGCCCCAUCAAGGCGGAGAAUGACUACGGUGCCUAUCUCAACUUCCUGAGCGCCACCCACCUGGGGGGCCUCUUCCCGCCCUGGCCGCUGGUGGAGGAGCGCAAGCUGAAGCCCAAGGCCUCUCAGCAGUGCCCCAUCUGCCACAAAGUCAUCAUGGGGGCGGGGAAGCUGCCGCGGCACAUGAGGACCCACACCGGGGAGAAGCCAUACAUGUGCAACAUCUGCGAGGUCCGCUUCACCAGGCAGGACAAGCUGAAGAUCCACAUGAGAAAGCACACGGGGGAGCGGCCCUAUCUGUGCAUCCACUGCAACGCCAAGUUCGUGCAUAACUACGACCUCAAGAACCACAUGCGCAUCCACACGGGCGUGAGGCCCUACCAGUGCGAAUUCUGCUACAAGAGCUUCACGCGCUCUGACCACCUGCACCGCCACAUCAAGCGCCAGAGCUGCCGCAUGGCCCGGCCCCGGCGCGGCCGCAAGCCCGCGGCCUGGAGGGCCGCCAGCCUGCUCUUCGGGCCCGGCGGCCCGGCCCCAGAGAAGGCGGCCUUCGUGAUGCCCCCCGCGCUGGGCGACGUGGGCGGCCACCUGGGCGGAGCCGCCGUGUGCCUCCCGGGCCCCAGCCCCGCCAAGCACUUCCUGGCGGCGCCCAAGGGCGCGCUGAGCCUGCAGGAGCUGGAGCGGCAGUUCGAGGAGACGCAGAUGAAGCUGUUCGGGCGCGCCCAGCUGGAGGCCGAGCGGAACGCAGGGGGCCUCCUGGCCUUCGCGCUGGCCGAGAACGUGGCCGCCGCGCGGCCCUACUUCCCGCUGCCCGACCCCUGGGCCGCGGGCCUGGCCGGCCUCCCGGGGCUCGCCGGCCUCAACCACGUGGCCUCCAUGUCUGAAGCCAACAACUAG